UUUAAAGAUCAAACAGCUUUUACUCUUUUUUUAAAUUUACAAAUGAUAUACUGUUUUUUUUUUUUUUGGUUCGGAUUUUUAUCACUUCAAACAAACAAAUCUCACCUGAUUCAGUUAAAAUAGUUAAUUUAGAGAAUCAGUGAAGCCGUUUGUUAAAGUAUUGUUAAAGUUUGUUAAAAAUUUAUAAACAUGACUGGUAGAGGGCAAGGUGAACAGGCUAAUGGAAACAGGAGAGUAGUACAACGACAAAGAAGAGUUUUACGAGAUCCUAUCCAGGGUAUAAGAAAACCUGCGAUUCGUCGUUUAGCACGACGAGCUGGAAUAAAACGUAUCUCUGGUUUAGUUUAUGAAGAAACUCGUGGUUUAAUGAAAGUCUUCCUUGAAAAUGUUAUUGGAGAUGCUGUUAAGUACACUGAACACGGAAAACGUAAAACAGUUACUGAUAUGGAUGUUGUACAUGCAUUAAAACGGCAAGGUUUUAUAUUGUACGGUUUUGGUAGAGUGUAAUUUACCUAAUUAAACAAUAGUUAAUUUUUA